GAAUUCAGUGAGAUAUUUAAAUAUUGUAGAAAGUUAAUAAAAUCGGAAUCAAAUCAAUAACCUUAAAAAAUGGUUCUACAAAUGCAAAAAGAAAAAGCAGUCACCCUCGAGGUAGACAAACUGACAUUCAAUGUCUUUAGUGCUGAAGAGAUCCGUAAAUUUAGCGUUUGUAAAAUAGUGAGUUCAAUAUCAUUUGAUAGCAUCGGAAAUCCUGUGACCGGCGGACUUUACGAUAUUUCAAUGGGACCAAGUUCUCGAAAUGAAAUCUGUACAACAUGUUUCAGUGCUCAAGGAGAUUGCAUUGGUCACUUCGGACAUAUCGAACUCAUCAUGCCAUGUUAUAAUCCAUUCUUCAUUAAGACAAUCGCUACAAUAUUAAAAUCAAUAUGUUUACAUUGCAAGAAACUUCAAUUUACAGAACGUAUGAAGGAGAUUGUUACACUGCAAUUGAUGUUGAUCGAUGCUGGUUAUGUAAUUGAAGCUCAAGAUUUAGAAGAUCAGAAAAUUAUUUACAUUUAUAACAAAACUUACAAGAGUGCUUUCCCUACUCUGAUGACAGAGAACAAGACAUCUGAGAAGAAACAAGAUAAAGAUUCAGAGAACUUUUUAGCUUCAAAAGAAAGAAAUGAUAAAAAUUAUAGGAAAUUGAUUAAAAAAUAUAACAAGCUACUUGAAAAUGAUCCAGUAAAUCAUUAUAACAGGACAAAGAAUUCGGAAGCUAUCAGAUUAUCAAUUAUCAACAGUACCAUCGCUUCAGUGACCACUUUAAUGUCACAUCGUUGUAUUCACUGUCAAAGGCCAUGGAAACGAAUUCGUUACUCUUAUAAAAAGUUUGUGGUUUCUGUUCCUAAAACUACUACUAACAAAGAUGAAAAUGUUCCAGAUGACACUCCAAAAACAACAACGAAAACAAUCAUCGCCAGUGAGUGUCGUGAAUAUAUGAAAGAAAUAUUCGAACAUGAUGGUGAUUUUUUAAGAAUUCUUUAUCCUGUUUUGAAAAGUGCUGGCAACGAUGACUACAAUAUUUUCUUCAUGGAUGUUGUUCCUGUUGUUCCACCAAUUUUCCGACCACCAAACCGCAUUCGUAACAAAUUAAUUGAACAUCCACAAACGAAAACAUAUUUCAAUGUUGUUCAAGCAAAUAACCAACUGAGAUUUAUUCUCGCUUUGAAGAAAUCUGAUGAAGACGACAUUUUCACAACGAAUGCAAUUCGACAAGAAGCUGAAAAUAUGUACAAAGCAGCUCGUGGUGACAGUGCACAAGAGAAGAUUUAUUUUAAAUGGGAAGAACUUCAAAAUGCUGUUGAUAUGACGCUUGACAAGACGUUGGCCAAUAAUCGUCAGAAUAACGACAUUUCUGGACUCAAACAACUGAUUGAAAGGAAAGAAGGCUUAAUUAGAAUGAAUAUGAUGGGAAAGCGUGUCAAUUUCGCUGCUCGAACUGUCAUCACUCCCGAUCCAAACAUCAACAUUGAUCAAAUUGGUGUUCCUGAAGCAUUUGCAUUGAAAUUGACUUAUCCAGUUCCAGUUACACCAUGGAAUGUUUCUCUCCUUAGAAAAAUGGUUCUCAAUGGACCAAACAUUCAUCCGGGUGCUGUUUACAUUGAAUCUGGUACUGGCUUUAAACAAGCUGUGUCGAAAGAUGAAAGUAAAAGAGAAGCGAUGGCUGAUACACUCUUCAAACCUGAACGUAAAGAUGGAAUUAAAAUCGUUCAUCGUCAUUUGAUUAAUGGAGACAUUUUACUACUUAAUCGUCAACCGACACUUCACAAACCUUCAAUCAUGGCACAUAAAGCAAGAAUAUUGAAGAAUGAGAAAACUUUUCGUUUGCAUUACUCGAAUUGUAAAUCAUACAAUGCUGAUUUUGAUGGUGAUGAAAUGAAUGCACAUUUACCACAGAAUGAAGUUGGAAGAAGUGAAGCUUAUAAUCUCGUAAACGUUGAAAAUAAUUAUCUUGUGCCUAAAGAUGGAACGCCACUUGGUGGAUUGAUUCAAGAUCAUGUCAUAUCCGGUGUGAAGAUGUCAAUGCGUGGACGAUUCUUUAGCAAAGAUGAUUAUCAUCAGUUGGUGUUUCAAGGAUUAAAUCAUAAAUGUGAAGACAUUAAAUUGUUACCACCGACGAUUUUAAAACCUGUUAAACUUUGGAGUGGAAAACAAGUCUUUUCAACGCUUGUUCUUAAUAUAAUUCCUAAGGAUAAACAUCCAAUUAAUUUAACAUCAACUGCAAAAAUUGGUUCAAAUGCUUGGCAAUCAAUGGAACGACGUGAAUGGAAAGCUGGCGGUUGUGAACUUGAAGGCAAUGAAAUGACAGAAUCGGAAGUGAUUAUAAGAUGUGGAGAGUUACUUGUUGGUGUUCUCGAUAAGAAUCAUUAUGGUGCGACACCUUACAGUUUAAUUCAUUGCAUUUACGAGCUGUAUGGUGGUGGAGUGUCAACUCAACUUCUUUCAUCAUUUUCUAAAGUUUUCACUUUCUUCCUUCAAUGGGAAGGUUUCACUCUUGGCGUUCAUGACAUUUUAGUGCUGGAAAAAGCUGACAAAAAACGAGCGAAAAUUGUCAAAGAUAGUCGGAAAAUUGGUAAGAAAGCGACAUGUCAAGCUCUUGACAUUCCUGAAGAUACGAAAGAUGAUGAACUUGUGGAACAUCUUGAAAAAGCUUAUGCAAAGGAUCCAAAGUUCCGAGCUAUUUUGGAUCGCAAAUACAAAUCAACAAUGGAUUCAUUUACAAAUGAUAUCAACAAAACAUGUUUGCCAGCUGGAUUGUUAAGUAAAUUUCCCGAAAAUAAUCUUCAGUUGAUGGUCACGUCAGGUGCUAAAGGAUCGACUGUUAACACUAUGCAGAUUUCAUGUCUUCUUGGACAAAUUGAGUUAGAAGGAAAACGUCCACCUUUGAUGAUUUCGGGACGAUCAUUGCCGAGUUUUCCAAUGUUUGAAUGUUCACCAAAAUCUGGUGGAUUUAUUGAUGGUCGAUUUAUGACAGGAAUACAACCACAAGAUUUCUUCUUUCAUUGUAUGGCUGGUCGUGAAGGUUUAAUUGAUACAGCUGUAAAGACAAGUCGUUCUGGUUAUCUUCAGCGAUGUCUCAUUAAACAUUUAGAAGGACUUACCGUGUCAUAUGAUGGAACAGUCAGAGACAGUGAUGAUACAGUGAUUCAAUUUAUGUAUGGCGAAGAUGGAAUGGAUAUCUUAAAAUCACAAUUUUUAAAGUUAAAACAAUUACCAUUUCUUCAAGAGAAUCGUAAUGUGAUUGUUGAUGAUGAUGUUCUAGCAAGUUUAAGAAAUUCACCGGAAGUUGACAUUAAAAUAAAGCAAAUUAUGAAGAAAAUUCGGACGUACAAGAAGCGACAUGAAAGUGCAACACAAAGACCGAUGAGAAGUGAGAAACGUUUAAUGAAGAAAUGUCCGAUGACAGUCACAUCGAAAUUUCCACCAAAUCGUUACUUUGCCUCACUUUCGGAAUAUACGGAAGAGAUUCUUGAGAAAUUUCUAAAGUCAAGUGAAUGCAACGAAGCAGAAGUUCGUGAUAUGUUGAGUAUAAAAAGUCUUCGAAGUCUCGCUGAUCCUGGUGAACCUGUUGGUUUAAUUGCUGCACAAUCAAUUGGUGAACCUUCAACGCAGAUGACAUUGAACACUUUCCAUUUCGCUGGUCGUGGAGAUAUGAAUGUGACUUUAGGUAUUCCUCGAUUACGUGAGAUUCUCAUGAUGGCUUCGGCAAAUAUCAAAACACCGUCAAUGGAAAUUCCUUUUCUCAAUCAAUCGUCAGAGACUUUACAAAAAACAGCUGAGAAGUUCAGAGUUCGAUUGAAUCAAGUUACAGUUGCUGAUGUGUUGGAGAAGGUAAUCGUGAAGUCAUGGAUAACUUUAAAACCUUCACGUGCAAGAAAUUAUGAAAUUCACUUCUCUUUUCUUCCCUACGAUAAUUAUAAGAAUCAAUUUAUGGUGAAGCCAAAAAUGAUUAUAAAAUUCAUGCAUGAAUGCUUUUUGUUAAGAAUGUUGAAAGCAAUUGAAAAAGCGUCAAGAGAUGUUGUGACGUUUGUGGAUAAAGAAGAAAAAGAAUUGAAGAAAGCGAAGAAGUCGAAUGAUAAUGAAGAUGAUAGAGAUGAUGAUCCUGGUCCGAAGAACGAAGGCGUUAAAGAUUCUGAUGAUAAAGGUUCAUCGUCCGAUGAAGAAGAUUUGCCUGAUGAUGCUGAUGCAACAGACGAACGGAAAAAAGCUCGACAAUUAGAUGAGAAAGACUAUGAAGAACCAGAAAGUGAUGAAGAGAAGAAAGACAUAGCAAAUGAAUCUGAUGAUGAUGACGAUGAACUUGAUUUGACGAAUGUAAAAUUGGAAGUUGAUGAAGAAUUUGAUAUUCAACAAUUGAAGAAAGAAAUUGUACCAAACAAUGCUGACGAUGAACAAUUAGCAGAGAUUGAAAGAAAGGAGGAAGAAGCAUUAGAAGAUGCAGAAGGUGAAGCUGAAAUUAUACAAUUGCUUACGAAAAAAAUUACAGCUUAUGGAAGUGGAAUGGCAGUGAAAGAUUACGUCAUUGACAAGGAAAAAUAUCGCUGGUGUCUGAUAAAGUUUGAGUGCCCAAUAAGAUUCAAGAGUAUAGACAUGACAAACAUUUUAAAGCAGCAAGCAAAGCAAGCAAUCAUAUGGGAGAUUCCAAAGAUCAAACGAGCUUUCACUCAUAAACAAAAAGAUGUUCUGGUGGUCACAACUGAUGGCAUUAAUAUCGGCGCAAUGUUUGAAUAUGAUAAGAUACUUAAUCUUAACAAACUAUAUACCAAUGAUAUUCAUGCCGUAGCAAACACAUAUGGAAUUGAAGCAGCUGCUCAAGUGAUCGUUAAAGAAGUUCAAAAUGUCUUCAGAGUUUAUGGAAUUACAGUUGAUCCUAGACAUUUGUCUUUGAUUUCUGAUUAUAUGACAUUUGAUGGAACUUUUAAGCCACUUAAUCGUAAAGGAAUUGAAUCAUCAGCAUCUCCACUACAACAAAUUUCUUUUGAGUCAGCUUUACAAUUCUUAAAGACUGCAGUUGUGGAAGGUCGUGUUGACAGCAUCAACUCACCGUCAUCUUGUCUGAUGGUUGGUCAGCCAUGUAAGACUGGAACCGGAUCCUUUGGUUUGAUCAAUGACCUAAGUUAUGUUUUGAAACCCAAAAUCUGAUUUAUUUUAUUUUUGAAGAAGUUUGAAUGAAAUAAAUUUAAUACGGAACACAAAAAUCUUUUCUUGAUUCUUUCAACUAAAGAAAAAAGAAUAAAAAUUUAAAAGGUUAAAAACCUGAAACGAAAAUAAAAAGAUUUUUGGGUAAAAUGUCAUGAAAUUUAAAACCAAAUAAACAAAACGUUUUUGAAAAG